AAACUAGAAAUUUAGCAGUGUAGUCUACUUACUGACUACUUGAGUCGAAAGUCGUCGACAAUCGUGGCAUGUAUGGACGGACCGUGUCUAUAAUCGUGGCUCGGUGUAAAUGUAUAGUGUCAAAUUAACCAUGUUGAAACGCAUAUUUGGCAUCGUAGAAAUCAAUUGAGAAUAAUAAAAAAUGGUGUCAUUAAUAAAAAAGCAACUAUUGAAACAUUUAUCAAGGUUUACCAAGAACUUAUCUGCUGAUAAAAUAAAUUUAAGUGCAUUUAAAGGUGAAGGCGAACUGACAAACUUAGAACUUGAUGAAAUAGUUUUAACUGAUUUGUUAGAAUUGCCGUCAUGGCUUAGAUUAACAAAUGCUUGGUGCAAUAAAGUUUCAUUUCGUAUACAAUGGACCAAAUUAAGAAGUGUUCCUAUUUUUUUGAGUUUAGACGAAGUUCAUAUAGAAGUAGAAACAUGUGAAGAUUUAAGAGAUUUAUCUUCUCCGCAAGGGCUUUCUUCAUAUACUGGUCCUGCAAAAUAUUCUUUUAUACAUAAAGUAAUCGAUGGUAUAACAGUGACUGUUAAUACUGUAUCAGUUACAUUCAAAAGUCCUGCAUUCAUUGCUUCAGUUCAGAUGAAUCGCAUUAUUGUGGAAUCGAAAUCUGCAACAUGGCAACGGUGUGAUCUAAGGACUACUAGAGUGAAAGAUCCUGAUCGUGGACAGUUACUUAUUUUUAAAGAAUUAGAAUGGCAGACAGUUAGAAUAGAGGCACAAAGUACUAAAGAUAAGAACCUUACGCCAUUACGUUUACUUACAAAUCAAGCAAGGUGUCGGAUUACUAUUAAAAAAAGAAUAUCAGAUUGUUUUGUUAUGGGAUCAAGACUGAUUCUUAUAUUAGAUGAUCUCUUAUGGGUUUUAACAGAUUCACAGUUGAAAGCAGCACUUCAUUUUAUUGACUCUUUAGGUGGCUUGAUAGAAAAAGCUACAGUAUUAGAGCGUAAAACUAAAGCAGCUAGAAAAUUAGAGGUAUUGCCAGAGUAUCAAGCACAAAUAUCUCAACAAUCAAGAACAAAAAAUCAAUAUAAUACUGCUAUCUCUAAAAUUUUUACCAGAUAUGAUGUUGUAGAAACUUCAUAUCAUUUUCUUUGUCAAAGAAUUGAUUUACAUUUAUGUGAUGAUGCUGGUAAUGGUAGAUCCUCCCAUCCCGACUUAAAGGAUGGUGGUGCACUGCAAAUUUCAUUAGUUAGAUUUCAAGUUGAUUAUUAUCCAUAUCACUUAGCAAUGGCUGAUAGAAAACAUUGGGCUAAAUAUAAAGAAAAUGCUACACCUCACAGCCAAUGGUUACAGCAAUCCUUAAGUUCUUUUCGAAGUCAGUUUAUGGAUCUCAUAGAUUCUGGCAGAACACAGCAUUCUCCUUUAACUAGGAGUCAAGGAAACAUUACAGUUAAUAACACAAAAGGUUUAGGAGACAAUUCGGAAAAGGGUAAUCAAUCUCAAAAUAUAAACAUAACUGUUGAUGACAAAAAAAAGUCGCAACAUCCUAGUGGUAAUCCAGUGAAAAAUUACAUUUUGGAACAGCUGGCUAAAUUAAUGACGACAUGCAUUAUAAUAAGGAUAGAUGAUUUUACCUUGUACAAAGUAACUACAACGUCUCGUAACCCUGUACCAAAAGAAUUUGUUAUGGCUCAAACAAGGAAGAAACAUGCAACAGGUGACAGAGACAAAUUUUGUCUUCCAGAAGAUGUUACAAUUGUUCAUGCUGAAUUUACAUAUUAUUAUUAUCCUGGAGAUAUUACAUUUCCAUUGCCACCACCAAAAUUUUAUGUACAACUGAAUCCUAUCCAAGUAAAUUUUGAUGUCUGUUCCUGCUUAUGGUUUAAUUCAUUUGCAUUAAAUUUAUAUCAUUCUCUAAUGAAUAAGGAUAAACAAUCAACAUAUACUUCCACUAAUUUAAUGUAUUUUGAUGUGAAAAUUGAAGCUAUACUUCCAAGGGUAGUUUUUGAAAGCCAACAAGAUUAUCCUAAUCAGAAGGAUAGGCCAAAGUCUUUGCACAUACAGACGUCGAGAGCGUCAAUAACAAAUGUUCGAUCCGCAGAAAGAUCUUCAAGAGCAGAUUUAGCACAGUGUGUAAAUGCUUUUCAAAUGGGACAGAUGUUUUUUGCUACAGACUUUCCAAAUAGAUCGAAUGAUUUUCAUAUUCUUACAGAUAAAUUUUUGGCACAUUGCGCAGGCACUGAUAAUAUUCGAUAUCCACCACCUAAUUUUAGUAGUAAUUCUGUAAACGAAUUAGUUCGUCAAUUACACCGGGAGCUUUUAUGGACUGAAGCUAAAGACAUAUGGUGUUGUAAUUUGGAACCCGUUUGGGGAGAUUUUCUUGGUGCUCGUGCGGUCGGACAAAACCGACCUGUGCCAUUCCUUGAUGCAUUUCCUUUAACUCUAUGGUGUUACAUGUCUAUGAAAUCGUCAGAGAAAGAUUCAUCAGAAAAUAAAUCUACUGCUGACAUUCAUGGUCUUGCAUACAUAAGCAAUUUAGUUAGCGUCCAGAUAAAUCAUUAUCAAUAUUUGUUUUUGUUAAGGUUAUCGGAAGUUUUAUCGGAAAUGGCAACGUAUCUAAAUAUUGAUUCUAAUAAAAUAUUAAAGGUUGAUUGUGGUAGUUCACUUGUUAUUGGUGCAUUGAUACCACAAGUAGAAGUAACAUUUGUCAUGCCGUCGCAUACCCCUGGUAAAGAAAAUUCUGGAGGUGAUUUGGAAUCCGUUAUGCCAGAUUCAUCUAGCAUAGCAGACGACAUUCCAGGUUCGUCUAUUCCAUGGCAAAGUACAGAACGAGUUGAGAGCAGUAGUAAAAAGAUUAAUAUAAAUAAUGAAACAAUAACGCCACAAAGUGACGUAUCAUCAAUGUUGUCAAUGGAUUUUAUACAUUCUAGUAUACCUCAAACUGUUGUGACUUUUAAACAAAAUGGUACCAAUAAACACGAAAAUAAUAUGCAGAUAAGAAAUGUAGCACCUGAUAAAAGGUGCAUUGCUGUAGAAGAAGAGAAAUCAUUGCCUACUUUAAGAUAUAAUGCUGAUGCUACAAAUAAGCAUAGUAAAGGAGAUUCGUCUUCAAAUACACCAUUCAUUCCUAAUAAUUUCAACGUUGGUCUCUCUUCUAUGAAAAAAGGAUUAAGUAAUUUGAUGACAUCAAUUGAUUCAGCUUUGAAGGCUUCUCCAGAAGAUGGUAGCAGUGAUACUGUAUCUAUAAGAAGUGAUGUUAGUUCUGACAGUGAGAACUACGUUUUAAUUAAUCUUCAAGAUCAAGAAAAAUUAGAUACAAUGUUUUCUGUUGAUAAUUCAAUUAGAAUAACAGCAGUAGAAGAAGCUAGUGAAGUAGUUGAAGAAACUCCUGAUACUCAGAGUGAAAAAUCUAUGGAUAGUGUGUGUAAACGAAAGGAUAUUGUAUCUAUGGCAACAUUUAAAUUAUCUAAAGUUGAAUUUAUUCAACAAUCUCUUGGAUAUGCAUCAUCAAUUAAAGUUCAAAUUUCAAAUAUUGGUAAUGAUGAAUGUUCAUCUAUCCCAUGGGAUGAAUUUCAGGUCAAGAGAAAGACAAAAUUCAGUGCACGAUCACGAGGUUGGGUCGAAUUACCUUCAGAUUCUAACUGUAGAUCAUGUAUUAAACUACGUUUGGAUCAUGAUUUAAAAUGCAAGUCAGAUUCUUGGAAAUUGUCUCAAGCAAGUCGAGCUAUAAGGAAUAAAAAUAUGCACUUAAAUCAGAAUCAAGAUAAUACAGCUGAGGAAGAGGUAGAUACUACUAUAGAUGUACAUAACAAACAAAGUGUUUUGGAUUUGUUUGAAGAUAAAUUAGAAGUUAAAGUUACUAAUGUAUCUAUGGCCUUGUCUAUGAGUUCAAUAAGUGGUCUUACAGACUUAACUGAAGAUGAAAUUAUACCUAGGCCGAUACCAUUGCAGAUAUAUCUGGAGAGUAUAUCAUUGCGUUUAAAUGAAGAUCGUCCACCGAAUAAUAUAACUUCGCCAGGACCAAUUCCUAUAGAUCUGAAUAUUGCAAAGCUUAAGAUAGUACGAGAUGCAAAUGGAGUUUUUCAUAUCGAACCAGUUGUAAAUUUGUUGAGCAGGAGUAAUUCCCUUGUAACACUCACAAACAGUGAUACUCAAAUAGUCGAGAAUAUAAAUCAUGAAAUGGAACUAAAUAUUUUAAGACAGUCCAGUAAACAGUUGAAAUUGGAUAAUGAACAGCUUCGACGUCGUCUCAAUGCUUUGGAGAAAAUAUCAGAAGAAAAUGCGAAAUUAAUACGUAUAAAAGAAGAAUCUACUGUAAUCAAAUCUCAUUUAAGUGCAGCACAAGAAGACAUACAGCUGCUUCUGAAAGAGAAAAGAGCCUUGCAAGAAACAAUAACAGAACUUCAAAAUCGAAUAAUUGGAAGUGGCCCAGGCAGUGCUACUCGUGCAUCUUGGUCAUCAAAGAGAUAGCAUACCAGUUGUUUUGAUUGUUCCAAAUGUUGUAGUUCGAAUAAGUCAUAAUAAUAAUUUUAUUAAUUAUUACUUUUCAUAUUAUUAGAAGUGAAAUUUUACACAGUUGAAUUAUGUGUUUUCAUAGCAUCUAUAUUUAACUUAAAGAGAGAAAGGUAUGUCAUACUAGAACUUUUGGAUCCUUACUAUACGAAUUUAAUAUGUUACAUUGACUUUUAAGUCUUAUAAAGGGAAAACUUGAAUAACACAUUUAUUAUAAUAUGUUAUGGGCAAAAAUUUCCUGAGUUUACUUGUUUUGUAUAUUAUCUUGUCUACCAUAUUUAUGCUAGUAAUUGCCUUUAGCUAUUCAAUAGUCAUUAUUCAAGCUAUUGAAUAGUUAUUCAAAUCUAUUCAAGCUAUUCAAUAAUCAUUAAGAUAACAUUCAGUUAUAUAAGAUGCACUUACAUGAAAUAUGCUGAUUUUUACUAUGAGCGAGUACAAGGCGAUAAAUAAUGGCAAUAGUAGUCAGUGUUUAGCAUUUUCAUUAAUGAAACAAAUAAAGAAAAGAUUGGUGGAAUGAAUAUUCUGGAUAUAUACAUGUGUAUUUAUGAUAUGCGAUAAUACACGUGUUAAAACGUGAUGUA